AAGUAUUGGAUAUGUAGUGUAGUGUAAGAUUAUCGGAUCUUUAAACGUGUGGAUUAAGUGUUGGAUAGUUAUAGCAGUAUACUGUUAAAUUAUUGGAUCGUUGAAGUAGUGGACUGAGUGUUAGACGUACCAGUGUAGGAUGUCUAUCAUGUAGGUGUCAAGUCUAAUGAAAGAUAUAGACCAGCUGGUGUCUGAAAUAGUUGAGUUACUGGAGGUUAAAAUUGAUUGAGUCCAAUUAAAGUUAGCUGAGCACUGUGUGGUAAAUAUUGUUGUAGUGAUACUGGAUGGUGUUCUAGCUAAGCUUAUCAUGCAGUGCACCUUUGGUCUGUGUGACUUUCCCCCCUGGAACAGAGAGCUGUGACAGUGGCGACCUCUGACCCCGCCCCCACACGGAACAUGUUCCCUCAAGCCAAGACUGACAACGUGUUAUGGACCAUGUCCGAUAUCCUCAGACUUUCUCUGGCCGCCCCGCUCUCCCUAUACAAGAUAUGAUUCACUGACCUUGACAUUUAACUAGUUCUGUGCUUGUGAUUUUAUGCAUUUCAUUUGCAUCUGAAAUUUGAUUUGGCACAAAAGAAAAAGACGUCCUUGGUGGACAAGAUACUUGAAGGACAUCGAGUUGUCCCACACACAGGAUAUUUGCUGUUUGACCAAAUUUGGUAGCAUCCAUAUUUAAAGGGGAAUUCUCCCUAUUUGAAGAAGCCUAGGGACAUCGAAGUCAAAUAUGCCGUGUAGACAACUUCAGCGCGGCAACUCGCCAAAGUUACAUGACCAGGUGAACCAGGAAAUGAAUGAUUUAGUUUCCCCCAGUAGUCAGCCUUUCCUGCAGGAUCCAACACUUGUAAGAAACUUGGACAGAAUGGCAGAGGUCAGUGCUGGACCAGUGUACAACUCACUAACAGAACCAGUCAGCCCCAGCUCCUCAGAGAACAGCAUUGUUGUAGAGGAUGGGACAGUUAAGGUUAAGAGGAAGCUAGGCCUUGUGUCUGGCACGGCACUCAUUGUUGGCACCAUGAUAGGUUCUGGAAUAUUUAUCUCACCCAAAGGUGUUCUUGCUGGCACAGGUUCUGUGGCUCUAAGUCUUAUAGUGUGGGUGUCAUGUGGUAUCAUCUCUCUUUUUGGUGCCCUAGCCUACGCUGAACUCGGCACCAUGAUCACCAAGUCUGGCGCUGAGUACGCCUACCUGAUGGAAGCUGGGAAGGGACUGCCCAGGUGGAUCGCACCUGUGCCAGCGUUCUUGUUUUCCUGGGUUUCUGUCUUUGUCCUCAAGCCCUGCCUAUUUGCUGUCAUCUCCCUGAGCUUUGGUAUCUACGCUGUAGAACCAUUCUAUCACGGCUGUGAACCUCCAAUGGCAUUGAUUAAACUUUUGUCUGUUAUCUGCAUAUGCCUUGUGGCAGCUGUCAAUUGUUACAGUGUUGCUCUAGCUACCAGAGUACAGAACUUCUUCACACUUGCCAAACUGAUGGCUGUUGGAGUUAUUGUUCUUGGUGGAUUUGUCAUGAUAUUUAGAGGUAGCACAGAAUACAUCAAUGAAGGAUUUGAAGACACAUCCCGUGAUGUAUCCAGUAUUGCUCUUGCAUUCUAUGAUGGUCUAUGGGCUUAUGAUGGAUGGAAUAAUUUGAACUAUGCAACAGAAGAGCUGAAAAACCCUUAUGUCAAUUUACCCCGUGCUAUAAUGCUUGGGAUCCCACUGGUGACAUUGUGCUACUUGCUGACCAAUCUCUCCUAUCUCGCUGUCAUGUCUAAGGAGACAUUAUUGGCAUCUAAUGCUGUAGCCGCGACAUGGGGAGCAGAAGUACUCGGAGCAGCAGCUGUUUUGAUUCCAAUAUUUGUGACCCUGUCAACUUUUGGUGCAGCUAAUGGUUCAUGUUUUACAGGAGGAAGACUGGUGUAUGCUGCAGCCAGAGAAGGCCAUUUGCCAGAGGUGUUCUCAUACAUCCAUGUCAAGAAGGCUACACCACUGCCAUCACUGUUGCUUACAACAACAGUGGCCAUAAUGAUGAUGAUACCUGGAGAUAUCUUCAGUCUGAUAGAUUUCUUUAGUUUUGCUGCCUGGCUGUUCUACGGCGCCACCAUGGGCUCAGUGUUAGUGCUAAGAUAUACCAGACCAGAUGCUCCACGGCCCUAUAGGGUCCCAACAGUUAUUCCAGUCAUUGUGCUCAUCAUUUCCUGUUACCUCGUCAUGGCACCAAUCAUUCAGCAGCCAAGAAUUGAAUUUUUUUAUGCUACGUUAUUUAUCCUGAGUGGUCUUCUCUUCUACGUUCCCUUUGUUUUAUUCAACGUUAAAAUCAAGUUUCUUGAGCCGUUCACAACUUUUAUUCAGUGCGCCCUGGAAGUGGCACCAAGCAGAUAUGCACCGCCAGAAUGAAGAGCUUUAGGACUAAAGAAAGCUGUCACACAGUUAUUUAUACACAUGUUGCAUGUUAUGAUGCCAUUAAAGAUGUUUGGAUUCUAUCUGCUCAGAUCACACCAAAAAAAAUCUUUCAUUGUUGUGUUUGCCCGGUUGCUAAUUAUUAACUAAUUAAUUGACAACUAAUUCCAAUAACAUGAGCUAUGCUGACAAAUCAUUAUAUUAUUCCAUCAAAUGUCAUAAAAAUAAUGAAAAGCUUGUAUUGCAGUUUGAUAUAAGUUUCUCUUCAAUGCUCUUUUAAAAAGAGGUAUAAAGUAGAGAGAGACAGAUAUGGCUAUUAUGUUGACGCUGAUAAUUAUAGUUUUGGUUUUUACUUUUUCAUCCUGUUUGAUAAAGUCAUUUUUAAAAGUUAUUUAAUUAAUAAAAAAACAAAGCCUUUAAAUCAUUGACUACAGAAAAAUAUUUUUAUGGUAAAUUUUAAAAGACGUAACCUUUAAUUUGAAAUCAUUUAUUUUAUUCAUCAAAAAAAAAAAACUUUGAAAAUUUUCAAUGCCAAUUUAUUGUUUUUUCCCCACAAAUAAGUAGGUCUACUGUAACUGUUUUUUUUUCUUCACAUUUUUAUUUUUUCAGAGUCCUCUAAAUUGUUUAUCUCAGCUUUGUUAUAUUUAUGAUUUCAUGGAUGGACUAGAUAUCUCCAACAUGCUAGAUGCAUGUUCAAGUAUCUUUGUGUGAUAUACAAAGUGGUAGAGGCUUGAGUAGAACCAACCAAAGAAAUAUUUUCCAUGUAGCCAGUCUAUGGUGAUCUCAAGGCAUUCUGUACAUAACAUGUUUAGUUAUGAAGUCUUUCACUAAGAUGUCUAGCCAGUUCAGAUCCAAAGAUGUGUUGAUGUAUACAUAUAGGUAUGUUGGGUGAUGUCUAACUAGUUCAGAUCCAAAGAUGUAUUUAUAUAUACAUAUAGGUAUGUUGGGUCAUGUCUAACUAGUUCAGAUCCAAAGAUAUAUUUAUAUAUGCAUUAAAGUACGUGGGGUGAUGUCUAACUAGUUCAGAUCCAAAGAUAUAUUUAUAUAUGCAUUAAAGUACGUGGGGUGAUGUCUAACUAGUUCAGAUCCAAAGAUUUACGAUUUGUUGAUAUAUGCAUUAAUGUACGUGACUGGAUGUCUAACUAGUUCACAUCCAAAGAUAUGUUUGUAUAUGCAUUAAGGAACCUUGGUUGUUGCCAUAGCACAUGUGUGUGUGUUUGAAGUAUGAAAAUGGCUGACAAAGAUUAGUUGUAUUUAUCGUAACAUACUCAUAAAUAUUUAUUUUCCUGAUAGUCUGCAGUUAAUGAGUUGUCGAUUUUAAAAUAAUGUUUUUACAAACCAAUACUGUUGUUAUUUAGUUGGUUUUUUUAGCUUCUAACCAAAGAGAUUUGAGGAGAUUUAAAUACAAAGAACUAUUGAAUUAUUGAGAUUCUAUUUUUUUAAACGCGUGUAUUGCAUUUGAAUUGACUGAUAUAUAAAUAUGACUUUGAAUACACAUAUAACAACAAUUUAUUAUUUUUCUAUUUUUAACAAAGUAAGUAAAGAGAUAAUGUAUUUCUUAAAAUAAUUUUGUUAUGUUAUGUAGUUUACAGUUACUUAUUCUCAACACUUUUAAAAGUAUGUGAAUGUUGCUUUGAUUUUUAUUUAUUGUUUUGGCCAAAUUUAUCAAAAAAUAAAUGGUCAAUUGGUUUUUAUCUAUUUGGUGAAAGAAACAUGAUUUUAACAAAAAUGUAUAUUUAAAUAAAAUAAAAAUUAUGAUUGUGAUAUUACGUUGUAUUAUUUAGUUAACAACAUAUCAGAUGAUAAAUCAAGUUUCCAGAAAGACUAGUGUCUUAUCAAGGCUUAACAGAAAAAUCUGUUAAUUUUUUUAUUACCAAACUGAAGCCCAAUACCCCCAGAAGUUAUUGUAGUCAUAACAAAAGUUGGCUUCAGAAUAGUGAUAAUAAUUGUCUAUUCAUCAGAAUAGUGAUAAUAAUUGUCUAUUUCUUCAAUCUGUUGAUCAAGGUUGAGUGUAGAGAUUUGAAAAUUAAAUAAUACUUACAUCAUUAAGUGAAGAUACUUUAUUCUGUCAAUGAAAGUUUUGCUUUAGGUGUAAGUUUUCUUUUAUCCUAUGUCAUUUUAAAAUUGAAAUAAAUUCAGGUUUUUUUAACAUGGUAAAAACUUUGUGGCCUGUGCCAUAAGACAAUCAUUGUGUUGUAGAAAUGUUUGGUGUUUGUUUUCACAUACUGGUGUUACAUUUAUGUGAUAAUAACAUGUGUUUUAAUAUGUAACAAAUUUAUUUACUAAAUCACCCCUAAUGAUUGAUACUAAGUAUUAACUACAUAUUAAUACCAGUAAGUUUAAAAGUUUAAGUUAGACAUAUUUCAACUGAAAAUAUUAAUUUAUAUCGUUUACCCCCAAGAGUUUUAGCAUGGUUUUUUUUUUUUUGCUUGGACUUGUUUGUCCAGGCUCUCAUAAUAAUUCUUAAUAUCUAAAAUUUAUUACUUUUACUAUUUUUUUAAAUUUUUACAGAAUUAUUAUUUAAUAUAGCAUAUCAUAAAAUACAUAUUUUACAUUUUUUUUCUUAUUUAUAAUAUAUCUUUUACGUUGUCUUCCAAAAUUGUAUUAUGAUGAUUUUUUAUUGUGUCAUGUUUUAAAAUCUUUGACCUAUCUCAUUAGGUUAGUGCUGCUGAUAAUGUAUGAUGGGUAAGGAUUUUUACCAAGAAGGUUUCAUGUUUCUAAAGUAAAGUCUUUAACAGUUUAGUUAGAUAGUUUCACAUCUUUUCAUCUACCAUGUUGUGUUGAAGUGUAUUAUACUGGAAUCAUGCAGUGCUGUUGAUCUUUUAGCUUCUAAUUGUAAAGAGUGGCAUAACCAUUUAAACAGAUUUAUAUUGUUUUUUUUUAACAUCACUACAAGAAUGUUUGAUCAUGUUGUAGUUAAUCUAUCACUAUAAGUUAUAAGAGCAUCAUAUAGUUGAUUCACUCUCACUGACAAUCAUAAGGAACAUGGCAUUGUUUACUAUCAUAGUGGGUAAGGCUUUAAAGGUGUCUUCACUUAUAAUGGUCCAUGAUUGCAACUAGAUCUUAAAUAUUGGCUCAAUACAUUUUUUUAGGUUGAAAUAAAUUUUUUCUUUAAGUGAA